AUGACCCAUGUCGAAUGUUCGUAUGAUCCAUGUUCAUCGAAUUUUAUUGAUAAUGUAAAUGAUAAUACUGGUGCGACAGUUUUUGCACGAGCCAAACAUUCAUUUGAAGGACGAAAUAAUGAUGAACUUUCAUUUCGAAAAGGUGAUGUGAUUACGGUGUCGCAACAAUUAGAGGGCGGCUGGUGGGAAGGUACAUUGCGGUCUAAUACGGGGUGGUUUCCUUCCAGUUAUGUGGUUAUUAUUCCAGACUCAGCCGAUAAUGCUAAAGAUUCGAUAAUAAAAUAUGACAAAGGAGUAAAAAUAAUUUACGAUUACAGGAUAUCAGAUGUGGAAUUUUCGACACUUGCUGGUAAUUUACAAUUUUUGGUUCUUCAGCAAAACGAAUUACUUGAACAAAUUAAAGAAACUGUGGAGAAUGAUGGUUAUCUGGCUAAAAUUGGUGGGAUUUUGCUACUCGCAGCUCCAUCAUUACGAUAUUUGCAUCGUUCAUAUUGCGAAAAUCAUCCGAGAGCUGUGGAUUUAAUUCUGAGGAAUAGGAACAAAUUCGAAAAGAUUAUGAGUGAAACUGGUAGUAGUUUCAACGUGUUAAUACAUGAAUUAAGCAGUCCUUUUCGCCAUCUCGAAAGUUACCCUUCCAUAUUAAAUGAGCUAGAAAGAUGUAUGAAUGCAGCUCACCCGGACAAAGGUGAUACUCAGCGAGCUGCUUCAGUUUUUCGUGAUAUUAAUGAAUGUUGUUUUAUUCGAAAACAAAAGGAGGCGCAAUUGGAACUAAUGCAUUCAGAUUUGGUUGAAGGCAUUACUUCUGAUCAAAUGAAAGAAUUUGGUGAAAUCAUUUAUAUGGGCAUUGCUUCUGUCGGAGUGAAUGAAUUUGUUGUCUUACUCGUACUUGAAAUUACAUUAGCUAUGAAUUCAUAUGUACUAAAGAACUGUAUUGAGCUCAGCAAAUUAACCCUAAAAAAAUUAGAUACAAAGUCUUCUCUUCUCCUUCUCAAAAGUUUGUAUUUUAUUUUUGUGUAUUAUAUAUAUUGUAUAUUUUUGUAUAUUUUAUAUUUUAUUUUUUAA